UUACCUUUUCCACUUCCAUCUAGAAAUAUAAGUAGCUUCUCAUUGGGCCUGCGAGGACACAGCAUUCAUAAUAUUGCUCUUAUCAUUAGUUCCUCUACGCUUCUACAUAAUAAUGUCUGGACGGGGCAAGCAGGGCGGCAAGGCUCGCGCUAAGGCCAAGACCCGCUCCUCCCGGGCUGGCCUGCAGUUUCCGGUGGGCCGAGUGCAUCGUCUGCUGCGCAAGGGUAACUACUCGGAGCGCGUGGGCGCCGGCGCCCCGGUGUACCUGGCCGCCGUGCUGGAGUACCUGACGGCCGAGAUCCUGGAGCUGGCGGGCAACGCGGCGAGGGACAACAAGAAGACGCGCAUCAUCCCGCGCCACCUGCAGCUGGCCAUCCGCAACGAUGAGGAGCUCAACAAGCUGCUGGGCCGCGUGACCAUCGCGCAGGGCGGUGUUCUGCCCAACAUCCAGGCCGUACUGCUGCCCAAGAAGACCGAGAGCCACCAUAAGGCCAAGGGGAAAUAAAUGAGAUUAGUCUCCGGUCCUUAUUAUGAAAACAAAGGCUCUUUUCAGAGCCAUCUA